AUGUGUGGAUGCAUCAAAGUCGAGGUGGAUGGCGCUCGUUGGACACCUGAAGAAGCGAAUGCCUGGUACGCCGAACAGCCUUGGUACUUUGGAAGCAAUUUUGUACCUUCGUCCUCCGUCAACAUAAUUGAUAUGUGGCAAACAUUUGAUUCAUCUACUAUGAAGCGCGAACUUGGAUGGGCUUCGGGGAUCAAUAUGAAUGUGAUGCGUGUUUUUCUCCAUGUUCUUUUCUAUGAACAAGAUGCUAAGGCUUAUUUUCAAAAGAUUGAUGACUUUCUCACCAUCGCUGAUCGAUUUAAUAUCAAAAUAAUAUUUGUUCUCUUUGAUGAAUGUUGGCGACCUGAUCCCAAAUUAGGUCCACAACCAGAACCUAUACCUGGUCAGCAUAAUUCACAGUGGGUGCGAUGCCCAGGACAAGCUUGGCUUUUGGACCAGAGCAAAUGGCCUCUCUUGAAACGGUAA